AAAGGAAGGAGAGCAUAAAGCAAAGCAUUUUCUUUACUCGCCAAAAUCUAAGGAAGCUUCCCUUCCCCCCAUCGACAGCCAUUUCACCUCUUCCUCUCCGCUCUCUCCUCUCCGCACCUUCUUUCUCCUCUGAACUCUGUAAAUCAUUCGUUCUUCUGCUGAGCUCUCUAAUGUCCGAUCCCAAGCCACGAUAACAAUGGGCAUCAAACUCUUCACAGUCUCCUUCAUCCUCACCUCCACCCUCAUCUUCUUCCUCCUCGUCCCCUCCAAGCUCAGAACUCCAAUCCCCAGAUUCCGGCCACCCGCCGUCCCCCUCAACCUCCGCGGCCCCAACUCCUCCUACCCGGUCACCUUCGCCUACCUCAUCUCCGCCUCCCGGGGCGACCUCGUGAAGCUCACCCGCCUCCUCCGUGCCCUCUACCACCCCGGCAACUUCUACCUCGUCCACCUCGAGCUGGGCGCCCCCGAGUCGGAGCGCGCCGAGCUCGCGAAGUUCGUUUCCCGGGACCCCGUCUUGGGUUCUGCCGGCAACGUCUGGGUCGUCGGGAAGCCUAACCUCGUCACGUACCGCGGGCCCACCAUGCUGGGGACGACCCUCCACGUCAUGGCCAUGCUCCUCCGCACCUGCCGCUGGGACUGGUUCAUCAACCUCAGCGCCUCCGAUUACCCUCUCGUCACUCAAGAUGAUCUGAUUCACGCCUUCUCCGAUGUGCCAAAAGACGUAAACUUCAUACAGCACACGAGCCGUUUGGGUUGGAAACUGAAUAAUCGGGGGAAGCCCAUCAUCAUAGAUCCUGCACUGUACAGCCAAAACAAAUCAGAACUGUGGUGGGUGAUUAAGCAGCGGGCAUUGCCUACUGCCUUCAAGCUCUACACAGGUUCAGCGUGGACGAUACUUUCCCGAUCCUUCGCAGAGUACUGUGUAGUUGGGUGGGACAACCUCCCGAGAACCCUCCUCCUUUACUACACCAACUUUGUCUCCACGCCGGAAGGCUACUUCCAGACAGUCAUCUGCAACUCUGACGAUUUCAAGAACGCCACCGCGAACCACGACCUCCAUUACAUCACCUGGGACAACCCCCCGAAGCAGCAUCCUCGGUACCUUGGCCUGAGGGACUACAAGAGAAUGGUCCAGAGUAACCGCCCCUUUGCUCGGAAGUUCAGGCGGAACGACCCUGUUCUUGACAGGAUCGACCGUGACCUCCUGAAGAGACGACGCAAAGAGUUCAGUUUCGGGGGAUGGUGCUCCGGUGGAGUGACGGACCGGAGGACAUGCUCCAACUUUCAGGGAAUGGACUACGGGAGUCUAAGGCCCGGGCCCGGGGCGAGGCGACUGAGGUACUUACUGUCGAGACUUCUUUCGCCGAGGAAUUUCACUAGGAGGCAGUGCAAAUGAAUGAGCGAUUCCUUUUCCAAUUUUUUGACCUUAUACGAGUAAAGAGAAAAGGAGAAUUACUGUAUUGCAAUGGCUAAUAUGCGACGUGGUAAAAAUGGUAUUGAUUGCGUGAAGGCUAAUCAUAAAUUUAGGGGAUUUCAGUGAGUUA